CUAGAGGCAAGACAUCAAUCAAUCUCCUUUUAUUUCCGAGCCUCUCAACUCAUGGAGCUCACUCCCUCCUCUAUUCUCCUAUUUACCAUCGUCAUCGUCAUACUCCACAACCUUGGAGUCCGGAUCAAGAAGAUACGACAAGGAACCAAACUGAAUCACUCAAAGCCGAACCUUCCUCCCGGACCAUGGAAACUACCCAUCAUUGGGAGCUUGCACCAUAUGGCCGGUUCGCUGCCCCACCGUGCACUAAGAGAUUUGGCCAAGAAGUAUGGGCCGUUGAUGCAUCUUCAGCUUGGAGAAGUUUCCACUGUCGUAGUUUCUUCGCCCGAGCUUGCCAAAGAGGUGCUGAGAACACAUGAUAUUAACUUUGCAUCCAGGCCAGAGAUUCUUGCCAUAAAGAUCCUGUUCUACAACUGCACGGACAUUGCUUUCUCUCCGUACGGCGAGUAUUUUACGCAACUCCGAAAGAUUUGCAUGCAGGAGCUAUUCAGUGUAAAAAAGGUCCAAACUUUCCAGUGGCUAAGAAAAGAAGAAUCAUUGAGGCUCAUGGGGUGGAUUGCGUCAAAAGCGGGAUCGCCAAUCAAUCUAACACAACAAUUAUCCGCACUGACUUAUAGCACUAUAUCAAGGGCAGCUUUUGGUAAGACAUGCAGAGCCCACGAGAGAUUCUUGGAAGUGGCCCGGGAAGCUAUUUAUUUAGCAGAUGGGUUUAAACUUGCCGAUAUUUUUCCUUCAUUUACUUUCCUCCACUCCAUUAGUGGAACGACAGCGAAACUCGAGAAGAUGCAUCGAGAAACUGACACUAUACUGGAGAAUAUCAUCGCUGAGCAUCGAGAGGCCGCAAGAAAUACAAACCGGAUAAGUGAAGCAAGUGAGGAUGUGAUUGAUGUUCUUCUGAAAUUCGAGAAUCGUGAUGAUCAAGGAUUUUGCCUUAGCACGAGCAACAUCAAAGCAGUGAUCUUUGAUCUUUUUGCUGGUGGCGGGGAAUCGGCUGCAGCCACGCUGGAUUGGACAGUGGCAGAGAUGAUAAAGCAUCCGAGGAUCCUGGAGAAGGCACAGGCUGAGGUGAGGCAGGUUUUCGAUGAAAGUCAAGGGGAAGUCCGAGAAGAGGGUUUAGAAAAACUACAGUACAUGAAGUCGGUCUUAAAAGAGACAUUGAGGCUCCAUACGCCCGCCCCCCUGCUGCUUCCAAGAGUGGCUGCAGAAAGAUGCGAGAUUAACGGGUUCGACAUACCCAAGAAAGCUAGAGUAAUUGUCAAUGCUUGGGCCAUAGGAAGAGAUCCGGCGUAUUGGAAGGAACCAGAAACAUUCAACCCGGAUAGAUUCCUAGGCAAUCCAAUCGAAUUCUUGGGUAACAGCUUUGAAUACAUCCCGUUCGGGGCUGGAAGGAGGAUCUGCCCAGGCAUGAAUUUCGGGCUUGCAACCUUGGAGUAUCAGCUUGCGAUGCUUCUCUAUCAUUUUGACUGGAAACUCCCCCAUGGAUUGAAGAACGAAGAUGUUGACAUGACGGAGUUGUUUGGACCUGCGGUCAAGAGGAAGCAUGAUCUGUACCUAAUCCCCACCCCUUACCGUCCUUCUCAGAGCAAUAAGCAUGAUUGAUGUCGGUUUCGAUGCGGCUUUGGUAUAUCCUAUGAAAUUUACUUGCUCCAUGCAAGGCAACCGCUUAAUAAAAUUGAAAAAGUUGCGCUGGCGUGGUGUCCUUAUCAAUUCAGAUCUCAUAGAAAUGCGGUUUGUGUUAUAUUUAUAGUCAACUGUCAUUUUCCUCCA